GGGCAGAUUUGAUUUUCCCGCAGCCCGGGCGCCCAGAAGCCGAAGCCCGAGCCGAGGAGGUGGCGCUCGCAGCCGCGUCCCAGCCCCGUCGCCGCCGGCGCCGAGACCCAGGGAGAGGCGGCGCAGCCCGGACGCUCCGGGCUCCGCGCUGCCGGCGCCCCGCCACCCCCGCUGCCAGCGCCCCAUCCAGCGCCUCCCGCCCCUGACGCCCCUCUCCCUGUCUCCUGCAUCCCCUCUACCCCUGCCCACAGACGCGCGUCCCUCUCCUGGUGCCCCUCUCCACGACUCCGCGCGUCCCUCCCGGUGCCCUCUCCCCGCGACCCUCUGCCCGCGCCCCUCUCCGCCUUCCCCGCUGUGGCCCCGCUCCCUGGGCUCCUUGCCCUUCCCCGCUGGGCACCUAGCCUUCUCGCGGCGUCACCCGAGCCCCCACCUCGAUCCGCGGCCCCCGCUCCCUCCGCCCUCUUCCCUCUCUCACUUCCCACGCCCCCUCUUCGCGCUCCUCUCUCCUCCCCUUGCCGCCCAGCCCUGGCUCUGGAGUUGGGGGAGAGCCCAGGGCUCCAGUCGCUCCGGAGGAGGCGUGAAUCGCGCAGGGAUUGACUAAUUUGGGGUGGGGGGUGCGGUGGGCGAUGGAGCAGCCUGAGGACAUGGCGUCGCUGAGCGAGUUCGACUCCUUGGCGGGCAGCAUCCCGGCCACCAAGGUGGAGAUCACCGUGUCCUGCAGGAACCUCUUGGACAAAGACAUGUUUUCCAAGUCCGACCCACUGUGCGUCAUGUAUACCCAAGGGAUGGAGAACAAGCAGUGGCGGGAGUUCGGGCGCACCGAAGUCAUCGACAACACACUCAAUCCCGACUUCGUGCGCAAGUUCAUUGUGGAUUACUUUUUCGAGGAGAAGCAGAACCUCCGUUUUGAUUUAUACGACGUUGACUCUAAGAGUCCCGAUUUAUCCAAGCAUGAUUUCCUGGGCCAGGCCUUCUGCACCCUUGGAGAGAUUGUGGGGUCCCCUGGGAGCCGCCUGGAGAAGCCCCUCACGAUAGGUGCAUUCAGCCUGAAUUCCAGGACGGGCAAACCCAUGCCAGCUGUGUCCAACGGUGGUGUCCCAGGAAAGAAAUGUGGCACCAUCAUCCUGUCCGCUGAGGAGCUCAGCAACUGUAGGGAUGUCGCCACCAUGCAGUUCUGUGCCAACAAGCUGGACAAGAAAGAUUUCUUUGGGAAAUCUGACCCCUUCUUGGUAUUCUACAGAAGCAAUGAGGAUGGAACGUUCACCAUUUGCCACAAAACGGAGGUCAUGAAGAACACCCUAAAUCCAGUCUGGCAAACUUUCUCCAUUCCUGUGAGAGCCCUCUGCAACGGCGACUAUGAUCGGACCAUCAAGGUGGAAGUAUAUGACUGGGAUCGGGACGGCAGCCAUGACUUCAUUGGGGAGUUCACCACCAGUUACCGGGAGCUGGCCCGUGGGCAAAGCCAAUUCAACAUCUAUGAGGUGGUAAACCCGAAAAAGAAAAUGAAGAAAAAGAAAUACGUGAAUUCUGGCACAGUCACCCUGCUUUCUUUUGCUGUGGAGUCAGAGUGCACCUUCCUUGACUACAUCAAAGGAGGGACCCAGAUCAACUUCACUGUGGCCAUUGAUUUCACUGCCUCCAAUGGGAACCCCUCACAGUCCACAUCCCUGCACUACAUGAGUCCCUACCAGCUGAACGCCUACGCGCUGGCGCUGACCGCAGUUGGAGAGAUCAUCCAGCACUACGACAGUGACAAGAUGUUCCCUGCCCUGGGCUUCGGGGCCAAGCUGCCCCCCGAUGGCAGGGUGUCCCACGAGUUCCCGCUGAAUGGCAACCAGGAGAAUCCCUCGUGCUGCGGCAUCGACGGCAUCCUGGAGGCCUACCACCGCAGCCUGCGCACGGUGCAGCUCUACGGCCCCACCAACUUCGCGCCCGUGGUCACCCACGUGGCCAGGAACGCAGCGGCCGUGCAGGACGGCUCCCAGUACUCGGUGCUGCUCAUCAUCACGGACGGGGUCAUCUCGGACAUGGCGCAGACCAAGGAGGCCAUUGUCAACGCUGCCAAGCUCCCCAUGUCCAUCAUUAUCGUCGGCGUGGGCCAGGCAGAGUUCGACGCCAUGGUGGAGCUGGAUGGUGACGACGUGCGGAUCUCCUCCCGGGGGAAGCUGGCUGAACGCGACAUUGUCCAGUUUGUACCCUUCCGGGACUACGUGGACCGCACAGGCAACCACGUGCUGAGCAUGGCCCGCCUGGCCCGAGACGUGCUGGCAGAGAUCCCUGACCAACUGGUGUCCUACAUGAAGGCACAGGGCAUUCGCCCACGUCCCCCACCCGCAGCACCAACCCACUCGCCCUCGCAGUCCCCAGCCCGCACGCCCCCUGCGUCCCCCCUGCACACACACAUCUGAACCUGGUCUCAGCAGGCAGGUGGCUGGGGCCUGGGAGAGGCCAGGCGAACAGGAGGCCGUGGCCCCAGACUCCCCGAAGUUGGCCUGCCCGGCCUUUGGGACAUCUGUGUGCCUGGGAGGCUGCCAAGGGGUGGGACUUCUGAAGACCCCCUCCUCAAUUUCUUGGCCUCACUUAUUGCCCAGACCCAGGGAGUUAGGGGCGCACAGGUGACAGCGGGGUACACAGGGACCUCGCCCUUCUCUUCUUCACCAGUACCUGGCUCUAGCCCAGUCAGGAAGGUGUAAACAAUAGGGGUGAUUGGGGUCCCUGUCGCCCGCCCCCGGCAAUCCUAUUUGCUUCCCUGUCAUCCUGAAGCCUGGGCUCAGCCUCCUUCAGCCCCCCAUCUCCGUCCCAUCCACCCAUGGUGUCUACUGUCACUGACCCCUGCCCUGUGGUCUAUCCCAUGCCCAAUUUCCAGUGAACCCCAUGAAGCUGAUGGGUUUGCAGAAAGGCCUGAACAUGUGCCCCCUCCCAGGGACACUGGAUGGAUUGGGAGCCCCGGGGAACCACGGGGUGCGGUAAUCAUGGGCCGUCAGCCAUGUGAUGGGCCUGAAGCGGAGGCUGCUCAGCACAGGGCCCUUUCUGGUGCCUCUUGAGCUCAGUAUGAUGCAAGUUCUAGACACACAGCCUGUGGAGGCCUCUCCCUGGUGUGGGCCCACAGGCACUUCCACGGUUGACUCCUGGCUUCAGGAAUCCCCUCCUCCCUCCAGAGGCUUCCCAGGGCCCUCGGUGCCCACGCCUCUGCCCACCUGGAGGCCUGAGUAAGGAGUGGCUCAGCCCCAUGCUCCCACACUGCCCUUGCUCUUUGCCCUGUAUCCCACGAGGCUAGGAGACAGGAGCCCUGGGUUUGAGCCCUGCCUCCCCCCACUGCCUAAUGUGGGAACCCAAGCAAGGCCCUUCUACCUUUUGGGCCUCAAUUUCCAUGUCUGUAUGACAAGAGGGUUGACCAGAUGGCUCCAGGUUUUCCUUUAGAUCUGACAUCCUGAGGGUCAUUCAUCCCAUGCCCAGCUCCCCCACAUCCUACUCCUAACUGAUGUGACCCUACCCAAGGCCGCCUUGGCUUUUGUGUCACCCUGUUCCAUCCCAUCACCCCAAACACACCCUAGUCCUUCAGCCUUGGGCUCUGGCAUCUGAGCCUCAGCGCCUGCCCCUGCUGUGGGAAAGGUGGGGCACAAGGGGAUCUCCCUCCUGGGCACACCCAGCCGCCUUUGCCCACUCGGGGAGCAGGUCAUGCAUGCCAGUCCCUGUUGCCGCAUGGAGCUCCUCAGCCCACUGACCUCUCCGUGCCUGGUGCAGGCCAGGCCCCCGUCUUCUGCCUGCCUCUGCUUCCCCAUCAUGCAUGGUGGUGGUGUUUCUACGGUGUCUGGUUCUGUGCCCGUCUCUGAGACAGUCUCUGUGUGGAAUUUGCCUUAAACUGAAGUAAAUUUGGUUCUUUUAGUAAA